GGCAAGGGCCGCGGUCGUUCAGCCUACCUCGCCAGGCCCGAGAGGCGCAUCGCCUCGCUGCUGUUAGCCACGGCCUGCCGUGCCUGCGCGAGGUGGAGUCCGUCGGAGCUCAGCCCGUCGGACGCCCCGUCGCGGAAGGGCUUCUUCGCGGGGCCGCCGUGGGAGGGCUCGGGCAGCGGCCCAGGCCGCCAGCCUGGCGCAGUGGUGCAGCCUGUCGUGGGCCACGUCGCGGGAGUGAGACAUGACCUUGGCGGCCUUCCUGGCGCUCCUGGCCUUAGACUGCGUCGACGCCGCGACGGGCCGCGCCGUGAUGGCGGCGAUUCGACACCUGCUGCUGGCUCCGGGGCCGGCGCGAGCGGCGCUUCCGAGGGCUUGCAAGGCGCUGGGCUGCUGGGAGAGGCCGAGGCCGCCUUGCUCGAGGUGGCCCAUGCCUCGGCCAAUGGUGAUGGUGAUCGACGGCGUGAUGUUGUCGCCCGGCCAGCUGCCCCUCGCGUGGCCCGUGAUCCUCUUGGGCGCGGGCUUCCCGCGGCCGUCGGGGGCUUGCCGCCUCCGGGGGGCGCCGCCCGUGGCGCCCAACACUCUGGCGGGCCUUCGCCGCGGGGGGCGUGGCUCGGGGGCGGGCCCGAGCGAGGUCGGGCGGCUUGGCAUGGCGAGCUUCGUGGACGAGAGCGACGCGCCGCGCCUGCCUGCCCGGGGGCCCCCGCGGGCUUCGCCGCGGAUGGCGCUCCCUGGGGGCGCGCCGACGGGGUGCUUCGAGGCGACGGGCGUCCGCGACGCCUUCGACGCGGCGGCCGAGCAUCUUGGCCUAGAGGCGCAGCAGUCACGGUACGUGCUGCACCGCAGUGUCGCCGGCGACUACCUGCUGGCGCCGGGGCGCUCGCUGGCGGAGGUGAAGGACCGCGGCAGGUGGUGGGCAGAGGGCUCGCUCCGCCGAUAUGCCAAGAGAACCGAGCUCCAGUGGCCGAGGUCGGAGAAGGACCUGGCGUUCGGGCAGAAUGCAGACCUCCUCCCGGCAUCGCUGUUCGGGGGCGCCACCAUUCAGCAGGUUCGGCCGUGGGCGGUGCCGCCGAUGGCGACCGCGUCGUCUCGCGGGCGCCAGAGGCCCGCUCUGCCGGCCAAGUGGGCAGGUAUCUGACGCGCUGGCUGACGUCUGCGCUCAGAGGCGCCAGAGUGAGACCCCGUGCUGUGUUCAUUUGUUUGGGUUUCGCUUCUUGGCCUAUCGUGAAGCGCUUGCGCGCUCUUGGUUACACCGCCUUCUUUCUCGACCCUAACCGACGUGUUGGGUUGGAUUGGCUUCGACCCUCGUGCCAUCGCUCCAGGGUCCCCGUGCUUCGUAGAGUGCCCUCGCCAGCCUCCUUUGCCUGGCCUUCACUUUUUCAGGCUUUUGUUCGCUCGCGUCGCAAACCGCUGAAUUAAACCUCUGUCAGCGCGGUGGUAUGACUCCCAGACCUACGAUGGUGUGGGCCUGGAGCGCGGGGUAUCCUACACUUGCCAUGCGUUCUCUGUGCGCGGGCAAGAAUGGCCCAUGUUCUGGUCAUCGGCUUUUUUAUAUUAAGAUUUCGGCUCUCGACGUUUUUGGGAGACCGCUGGGUCGCUCGUUGAACGGAUUUCCCAGUGAUUUUUGUUGUUUUGUGCCGCCACUUGGUAGGCGAGCAGCGCCGGAACCUUAUGUGACUCCAGACUGUGUAGACUGCUCGGGGUUUAAUUAAUGUCGCUGAGGAGUGGAUAUUCAUGUGUUCGGCCUGUGGCCAGGGUGUGCAGGUAUGCGGGGUGCAGUUCUCUCGAGUAUGGCUGCUGUGCCGGUCUUGGCUCGUGCGCCCGCGUCGCAGCAAGACGAGACGGUAGCCCUUGCCCCGCUCAGCAAAAUACGCUCCCUGGCACUCGGAAUGGAAGUGGCUCAUAUGACUGCUUCUGUGUGUUUUGAUCAGUGCAAUGGUGUGUGCCGCAACCACUGCGGCUCAAGUCUCCCGCCCUCCCUCCCUCUGUCGCCCUGUGUAGUUGCAGUUCUCUCGAGUACGGCUGCUGUGCUGGUCCUGGCUCGUGUGCUCGCGUUCCAGCAAGGCGAAACGGUCACCCUCGCCCCGCUCAGCAACACACGCUCCCUGGCAUUCGGAGUUGAAGUGGAU